AUGGCAGAGGAGGAGGAUUUAUCACCAAACCUUCUGACAGAGGACAUGGAACACAGCAAUGGCGGCUUCGUACCUCCAGACGGUUUAUGCUGGGUGUCAGUGCUGUCCUGUCUGCUGCUGGCGUGUUCGUACGUUGGGAGUUUAUACGUGUGGAGGAGUGACCUGCCGAGGGAUCACCCCACUGUGAUAAAGAGACGCUUCACCAGUGUGCUCAUCGUGUCGGGCCUGUCGCCUCUCUUUGUGUGGGCAUGGAGAGAAUUCACAGGUGUCAGGACUGGCCCAUCGUUACUGGCUCUCAUGGGGAUCCACUUUGAAGGCCUCCUUCCUGCCAUAAUACUUCCUCUGGUGCUCACUAUGGUCCUGUUUCUGGGCCCCCUCAUGCAGUUGGCCAUGGACUGUCCCUGGAGCUUUAUGGAUGGGAUCCGGGUGGCCUUUGACCCGUGGUUCUGGAUGCUGUGUUUCAGCGACAUGCGCUGGCUGAGGAAUCAGGUGGUGGCGCCGCUAACAGAGGAGCUGGUGUUCAGGGCCUGCAUGCUGCCCAUGCUGGUGCCCUGUGCUGGCCCUCUCACCGCCAUCUUCACCUGCCCCCUCUUCUUUGGAGUGGCUCACUUCCACCAUGUGAUUGAACUGCUGCGGUUCAGGCAGGGGACGCUGUCAGGGAUCUUCCUCUCUGCAGUGUUCCAGUUCUCCUACACAGCAGUGUUUGGGGCCUACACUGCCUUCAUCUUUAUCAGAACAGGUCACCUGAUAGGUCCGGUUCUCUGCCACUCCUUCUGUAACUACAUGGGUUUCCCAGCGAUCAGUGCAGCGAUGGAGCACCCCCACCGCCUCACUGUCCUCUCCUCCUACCUGAUGGGGGUCCUCCUCUUCCUCUUCUUCCUCUUCCCCUUCACUGACCCUUCCUACUACGGCCUCCCCACACCGGUGUGCACCCUCACCUCCUCCCCCAGCUCCCUCUGCCUCUCCUGAUCCCUGCCCCCUGCCCCCCAUCCCCCCACACUUCUCUGCAGUUGUCAUGUCACCUUCCACUGACCAAGCAGUUGAGGCUGUUUUUUUGUUUUUUGUUGCCAAGUUAGAGUUCAGGUCCGGUCCAUUUUGGACCGACCGCUUUAACAGCCAUGUGGACUAAGUUGCCACGGAGAGGGGUGGGGGAAAGCUGUAGCCAUGUCCUAUGGUUGAUGGACCCUUGAUAUGUCGAUGCAUUUACUUGGCAUAUUCCGCGGCCUACGCUGCCACCCUGAUACUGGUUUUAGUGUAGUUAGAACACUGAAGUUCCUCUCACACUGAUGGAUCUCAUCAGUUUGUCAUGAAGCGUCAUAAUGUACCUUUUUGGUGUACCUAGUUCCCACUCAGCACGCCUCAUCGUCUUAACGCAUCAUUCUGGUUUAUUACAACUUAGGUCUUAUUUUUCAUAGUUUUGGCAGCCAUUUAUAUCAGUAAUAAUAAAAUGAAGUAAUUGCAAG